AUGGUCACGCUCAUCACUGAGAAGCUACAGAACCAGAGCCUGGAUGACCUGGCCCGUAAGACGUAUGACGCCAGCCCGUAUUCUGCAGAGAAAGUGAACAAAGGCCGCAAUUUGUUUCCUUUUGACCUCAAUGUUGACAAAAGCCCCUGGAAGGUUGUGAGUGGAGGACGGUCGGUCCGCAGCGAGGCAGCCCAGGGUCCUGCCUUCCCCUUCCCGCCUGGCCCAUUCGGUUCGGCUCACACCAUGGGGCUCCAGUGGCGACCGGAGUCACCUAUCCCAUCGGUGGGCCUGGCCAGUAUCAGCGACGUGAGCCUCAGCGAACACUCAGGGCAGCCCCUGGCACCGCCGACCAAACGGCACUGCCGGUCCCUGUCAGAGCCCGACGAGCUGGCACGCUGCCGGUCCCCCUGGAGGCCAGGUGGCUCCAAGGUCUGGACUCCGGUCUCCAAGAGGCGGUGUAACAGCGGUGGCAGCGCCACACUGCAACGAUGCAGUGGCCAUGGGAGUGCCGGCCUGCCACGGGCUACUGUGCCUCCUAGCCAUGCCCACCCUGCAGCCAGCUCGCCCCUGCCCACAGCCCCCAGGCCGGCCUCGGCCAGCAGCAGCUUCAUGGAUGGCGGUGAGGGCAGCAUUUCCUCGCGGCGCCGUCUGUCCCUGUCACAGGAGCACAUCACUGACACCGCCAGUGCCCUGCCCUCAGCCAGCAGCACCCCAACCGCCACACCUGAGCUGAGCCGGCGCCAGGGCCUUCUACGGAGCCGCUCACAGCCGUGUGUGCUCGAUGAGAGGAAGAGCCGGCGCAAGCGGAGACGUGAGGAGGAUACACGGUGGACGCGCCCGGCCUUGGACUUGUUAAAAAUGACACGGACGUUAAAGAAUUCCAAGAGCCUGUGUUCCCUGGACUAUGAGGAUGAGGACGAGGACGACGCCCACGUGAAGACAGUCGUGUCCUCUCCGUGCGACUCGUACGACCUCGUGGGCAUCAUCACGCCGGCCUCCAGCCCUGGGAGGGAGCCCCUGGGGCUGUGGACACCAAGGAGGCUCGUGGCGGCUGAGGGCGAGCACCCAGGGGCCCCCAGCGACGGUGACGGCGACUCGCACGACCUCAUGAGCGUCGUCACCCCUGGUUCCAGCCCCGGGAGGGGGUGCUCCGGGCCAUGGACACCGAGGGGACUCUCGGCGGCAGCCGAGGGCGACAGUGCCAGGGAGGAAGGGGUCUUCCCCCUGGACUGCGGGGACCUGGACCUGGAGCAGAUUGAGAAUAACUGA